GGCUAAUCCCUCUGCCAGGCUAUGUAUUCUACUACUACCCUACUGUGUAAUCGUUAGCCAUGAGCCCAUGACCACACAUUCUCCACUCUCCAAAUUCACUUUCUUUCUCAACAAACACAAACUAAAGUAAACUACACAUGGGUUUAACCGAUCGCCGCCUGAAAAUCAUUGCCGGAGCCGACUCCUUUGGCUCCGACCUCAAGGACACUCUGGUGGCUCAGCUCCGCGCCUCCAACGUUGAUGUGGAAGACCUGGGCACGGACAAGUACUACUCUGUCGGUGAAACGAUCGGGCGGCGCGUCAGUCAGGCUCUGUCGACCUCCGAUCCAUCUGCGGAGGAGAUCCGAGGCCUCGUUGCCUGCGGCACCGGCGUCGGAGUCUCCAUCUUCGCCAACAAGUUCCCCGGCGUGUACGCCGCCACCUGCCUCACUCCCGGCGAGGCAAUCAACGCCCGUUCGAUCAACAAUUGCAACGUCCUCGCCGUUUCCGGCAUGAACACCUCCCCUGACCUCGCUUCUCAGAUCCUCGAUUCCUUCCUCAAUACUCCGUUCAAAUCCCCCUGCCCCGCCUCCGGAUCCGGCCCCUGGCCCUCAGACAUCCAGUCCUUUCUAGACAAUUCCAUCGCCGAAAUGUCAAAAAUCGGAACUCAACACCAAACACAACCGUCCCCAAAUUCUGAAACCCCGUGUAGGGUUUGCUCCCUGGUGAAGGACCGGGAAUUCGACCCGGUUCAGAUCAUGCCGGGCGGGUCAAUGACCGUGGUGAGGGAGACCCCGACUUCCGCCUUUGUGAAGUUCAAAGCCGGGAGUGUCGAACCGGCCCACCACCACACCUUUGGCCAUGACUUGGUGGUGCUGCAGGGAAGGAAAAGGGUGUGGAACCUGAGCAAAGGGGGGGAGAAAUUCGACUUGGGUGUGGGGGAUUACCUCUUCACCCCGGCUGGGGAUGUCCAUAGAGUGGAGUAUUUGGAGGACACAGAGUUCUUCAUCAAGUGGGAGGGGAAGUGGGACAUAUUCCUGGAUGAGGAUCUUGAUGCUGCCAUUGCUGCAAUCCAUGGUAAAGCACAGUGAGAAUUAUUAUUCCAUCAGUUUAUGAAAGGGGAAGAAGAAUUGUUACCAUCAGAGCUUAAGCCCUUGCAGUUUGCUUCAAACACUUGAUUGUGUUUAUUUCCUCUGUGAGUGUGUGAUCCAUUGUGCCUUUGUCAAUGUAUUAUAUUACAUGUGUUAUUUGUGAGUUCCUUUGUAGUAAUACAAAUUAUAUAUACAAUUGUAGACAACUUAUGGAAUGUGUAUGCUUGAGAAUUUUCUCCACUGCUCUUGUGUUAUUUAUUUUUUGCACAUUAUGAAAAACCCCUAUCGUUUGAAUUACCUUUGCUCCUUGUUACUCUGUAGUCUGUACUCUCAAGUCAUUUGGGCAAUAAUGCUUUAUUGACAUA